AUGACAUUUCCUCCUGCCAGGUACACAUUCACCGGGAUUUAUACGUUUGAAUCACUCGUGAAAAUCAUUGCCAGAGGUUUCUGUAUAGAUGGCUUCACCUUCCUGAGGGAUCCCUGGAACUGGCUGGAUUUCAGUGUCAUCAUGAUGGCAUAUGUCACAGAGUUUGUGGACCUUGGGAAUGUCUCAGCAUUGAGAACUUUCAGAGUUCUCCGAGCUUUGAAAACUAUCUCUGUAAUUCCAGGCCUGAAGACCAUCGUGGGCGCCCUGAUCCAGUCUGUGAAGAAGCUGUCGGAUGUGAUGAUCCUGACAGUUUUCUGUCUCAGCGUCUUUGCCCUCAUUGGGCUCCAGCUGUUCAUGGGCAACUUGAGGAACAAGUGUGUGAUUUGGCCGAUUAAUGUGAACGAGACCUUCCUGGAUAAUGGCUCCAGAGGCUUCGACUGGGAGGAAUACACCAACAAUGUGUCAAAUUUUUACAUCAUUCCUGGCGCCCCCGACCCUUUGCUCUGUGGUAACAGCUCGGAUGCAGGCCAAUGCCCGGAGGGAUACACGUGCAUGAAGGCAGGACGGAACCCCAACUACGGCUACACCAGCUUCGACACCUUCAGCUGGGCUUUUCUGGCUUUAUUUCGCCUUAUGACUCAGGACUUUUGGGAAAACUUGUAUCAAUUAACUUUACGAGCGGCAGGAAAAACCUACAUGAUCUUCUUUGUGCUGGUGAUCUUUGUGGGAUCCUUCUACCUGGUGAAUCUGAUUUUGGCUGUGGUGGCCAUGGCCUACGAGGAGCAGAACCAGGCGACCCUGGAGGAGGCAGAGCAGAAGGAGGCAGAAUUCAAGGCCAUGUUGGAACAAUUGAAAAAGCAGCAGGAAGAAGCACAGGCUGCUGCCAUGGUCACCUCGGCAGGGACGGUGUCUGAGGAUGCUGUGGAGGAUGAUGGUGGGGGCAGGAUGUCCCGCAGCUCCUCGGAGAUCUCCAAGCUCAGCUCCAAGAGCGCCAAGGAGCGGCGCAACCGGAGGAAGAAGCGGAAGGACAAGGAGCUGUCGGAGGGAGAUGAGAAGUGUGACACCGAGAAGGUGUUCAAGUCCGAGUCUGAGGAUGGCAUGAGGAGGAAAGCGUUCAGGCUGCCAGAUAACAGGCUGGGAAGGAAGUUUUCCAUCAUGAACCAGUCUCUCCUCAGCAUCCCGGGCUCCCCUUUCCUCUCCCGCCACAACAGCAAGAGCAGCAUCUUCAGCUACAAGGGGCGUUUCCGCGACCCGGGCUCGGAGAACGAGUUUGCUGACGACGAGCACAGCACGGUGGAGGAGAGCGAGGGCAGGAGGGACUCGCUCUUUUUUCAGGGUACCACUGAGAUCGAAAUUAGGAAGAAGCCUGGUGGGUCUCUCUUGGUCUCAAUGGAUCAGGUGAACGCGUCCUAUGGAAGGAAGGAUCGGACCAACAGUGUCAUGACUGGGUUGACCAACACCCUUGUUGAGGAGCUGGAAGAGUCCCAGAGGAAGUGUCCCCCUUGCUGGUACAAAUUUGCCAACACCUUCCUGAUCUGGGAAUGCCACCCAUACUGGAUGAAGCUGAAGGAGAUUGUGAACUUAAUUGUCAUGGAUCCUUUUGUGGACUUGGCCAUCACCAUCUGCAUCGUGCUGAACACGCUGUUCAUGGCCAUGGAGCACCACCCCAUGACCCCUGAGUUCGAGCACGUGCUCUCUGUAGGAAAUCUGGUUUUCACUGGGAUUUUCACAGCAGAAAUGUUCCUGAAGCUCAUUGCAAUGGAUCCAUACUAUUAUUUUCAGGAAGGCUGGAACAUCUUUGAUGGGUUUAUUGUCUCCCUGAGUUUGAUGGAGCUGAGUCUGGCUGAUGUGGAGGGACUUUCCGUGCUGCGAUCUUUCCGAUUGCUGAGAGUCUUCAAACUGGCCAAGUCCUGGCCCACUCUGAACAUGCUGAUAAAAAUCAUUGGUAACUCAGUGGGUGCCUUGGGGAAUUUGACCUUGGUGCUGGCCAUCAUCGUGUUCAUCUUCGCCGUGGUGGGGAUGCAGCUCUUUGGCAAAAGCUACAAGGAGUGUGUCUGCAAGAUCAGUCCGGACUGUGAGCUACCCCGCUGGCACAUGCACGAUUUCUUCCACUCCUUCCUUAUUGUCUUCCGUGUGUUGUGUGGGGAGUGGAUUGAGACCAUGUGGGAUUGUAUGGAAGUGGCGGGACAGGCCAUGUGCUUGAUUGUCUUCAUGAUGGUCAUGGUCAUCGGAAAUUUAGUGGUGCUGAACCUGUUCUUGGCCUUGCUGCUGAGCUCCUUCAGCGCAGACAACCUGGCAGCCACGGACGACGACGGCGAGAUGAACAACCUGCAGAUCUCGGUGAUCCGCAUCAAGAAGGGCAUCGCCUGGACCAAGGCCAAGGUCAGGGAGUUCAUGCAGGCCCACUUCAAGCAGAGGGAGGCCGACGAGGUGAAGCCCUUGGACGAGCUCUACGACAAGAAGGUGAACUGCAUCGCCAACCACACCGGCGCCGACAUCAACCGCGACAUCGACUUCCUCAAGAACGGCAACGGCACCACCAGCGGCAUCGGCAGCAGCGUGGAGAAGUACAUCAUCGACGAGGACCACAUGUCCUUCAUCAACAACCCCAACCUCACCGUGCGCGUCCCCAUCGCCGUGGGCGAGUCCGACUUCGAGAACCUCAACACGGAGGAUUUCAGCAGCGACACGGAUCCUGAUGGCAGCAAGGAGAAACUGGACGAGAGCAGCUCCUCCGAGGGCAGCACCAUCGACAUCAAGCCGGAGGUGGAGGAGGUGCCCGUGGAGGCCCCCGAGGAGUACCUGGACCCCGAUGCCUGUUUCACUGAAGGUUGCAUGCAGCGCUGCAAGUGCUGCCAGGUCAAUAUUGAGGAGGGGCUGGGAAAGUCGUGGUGGACCUUGAGGAAAACUUGUUUCCUAAUUGUGGAGCACAAUUGGUUUGAGACCUUCAUCAUCUUCAUGAUCCUCCUGAGCAGUGGGGCUCUGGUGAGUAAAAUUUAA